UAUAAACGUGUGAAUGCACGUGAUUCCUGUGCAGCACAGACGCUCAGAUUUAAAAUGGCUGUUUUUGAGACACUUCUGCAGUUUUCCAGCAGUGGUACAUUACUGGCUGCCUUGCUUGUGUUUUUGGUUUUAUAUGUGCUUUCAUCCAACUCCAAAUCUCACAAAGAAGGAAAAGAUCCACCAGGACCCAAACCACUUCCAGUGCUGGGAAACCUGCUGACGCUGGACCUGAAAAGACCUUUUGAUUCUCUCUGUGAGCUUUCCAAAACAUAUGGAAACAUAUUUCAAGUGUUUUUGGGUCCCAAUAAAUUUGUGGUCUUGACCGGAUACAAAACGGUUAAAGAGGCGCUCGUGAACCGAGCAGAAGAGUUUGGGGAUCGAGAUAUUCAACCUGCUUUCAAACUACUUAAUGAAGGAUGUGGGAUCAUCUUUGCCAACGGAGAGAGCUGGAAAGAGAUGAGACGUUUCGCUCUGACCAACCUACGUGACUUUGGGAUGGGCAAGAGACAAAGUGAAGACAAAAUCGUAGAGGAAAUUCAGUAUCUGAAAGAAGGGUUUGAAAAGUUUCAAGGAAAACCAUUCGAUACAACUCAACCCGUGAACUACGCUGUAUCAAACAUUAUCUCAUCUAUUGUGUAUGGCAGCAGAUUUGAAUACACAGAUCCUCGCUUCACAGCAAUGGUUGACAGGGCAAAUGAAAAUGUUCGGCUUGGUGGAUCUGUUUCUAUGCGGCUGUAUAACACAUUUCCAUGGCUGGGUCCGUUCUUGAACAGCAAAAGGGCUGUCAUAAGAAAUGCUCUAAAGAACAUAGAAUCAAUAACACAGUUGACCUCUGAGCUGUUAGAGACCCUGAAUCCACAGGACAGCAGAGGAUUUGUUGACUCCUUUCUCAUCCGAAAACAGAGUGACGAGAAAUCCAGCAAGAAGGACUCACAUUUCCAUCAGGAAAAUCUUAUCGUCUCUGUGGGAAAUCUUUUUGUUGCUGGUACAGACACUACAGGAACAACAUUGCGCUGGGGUCUGAUGAUUAUGGCCAAAUACCGUCAUAUCCAAGAUCGAGUUCAAGAGGAGAUUGACAGAGUGAUCGGUGGACGUCAGCCAAUGGUGGACGACAGAAAGAAUUUACCUUACACUGAUGCUGUGAUCCAUGAAGUACAGAGACUGGCCAACAUAGUGCCCAUGAAUCUACCACAUACGACCAGCUGUGAUGUGAACUUCAAUGGAUAUUUCAUCAAGAAGGGUACCUCUGUUAUUCCUCUGUUGACGUCUGUAUUAAGGGAUGAAAGUGUUUGGGAGAAACCACACAACUUUUAUCCAGAACACUUUCUUGAUGAGAAGGGCCAGUUUGUUAAGAACGACGCUUUCAUGCCCUUUUCUGCAGGCCGCAGGAUUUGUCUAGGAGAGAGUUUGGCCAGGAUGGAGCUCUUUAUGUUCUUCACCUCCCUUCUUCAAACCUUUCGUUUCACUCCUCCACCCGGAGUGUCUGGAGAUGAACUGGAUCUCAAAGGAAUUGUUGGAAUCACAUUAAAUCCCUCACCACACAAACUGUGUGCUAUCAAACGCUCCUGAAUAUCCAUCCACACAUGGAGAAUUUUAGCACUGAUUUUACAAAAUGCACAUACAAAAAAUGUAAAUAUGUAAAUAUUGGAAGAAAUUAUUAGCCAACAAUGUGCAAAGCUACUUUUAUUGUAUUAUAAUGCUUACGCUUUUAGUUAAUUAAUUUAUAUAUGUUCCGAUAUUUUGCUAAAAGGCAAUUAUAAAGAAAAACAUAAACAAAUAUUACAUUUAUUAAACUGCCGUUGGUGAAUUUUGUAACUGUGACACAAGCUGAAUAUAAAACUGAAUUUAUUAAACAGAAGACCUCCAGUGAUCUACACCUCAGCUAAUGAAUAGAUUUACUGUGGGUAAAAUCUGUGCUCCUAUGCAAAAAUAGCUUCAUUUAAAUAAGACAACAAAAAUUAUAUGAAAUACUGAUUUAUUAUAAUUCCUAAAUAAAAUUAAUAUGUUUAUUUCACAGAUAAUAGUUAAGUAUUUAUAUGAAGUCAGUCAUAGUGAGAUCAAAGCUCUACUGAAGCCCUUAUCUUGUUAAAAGCACCACUUCUGUGAUUUUCCUUUACUUAAUCUGUUAAACUUGUAUGUAACGUAUAUAAUAAUAAUACAAAAUGAGAGGAAAACUGCAAAAAAGUUUACAUAAUGUACACCUGAUUUGUAAAUGUGUGCUAUUAACUUCCUGACCAUCACUGAAUGUUUGUAUAUCUAUUGUAACAGUUGUGUAUGAGUCUCUUGUUUGUCAGCAAUGUAAAAAAAGAAUCUGAAUAAAGUCACUGGUAAACACGGUUCAGAUAUGCAGAAAAUGCUGAAAAGCAAGAUCAGCGAGCAGUUCAAACAAGAAACCCAUAAACAAAAAAGUCUUUGAUUUGCAACAUCUUACAGUAUAAAGAAUCAGGUGUAUGUUAACUUUUGAAAAUGUGUUAGCAUUUAGCCUAGCCCCAUUCAUUCCUAUGGUACCAAAAAAAGUUUUAUUUUGUGGCACCAUACUUACUGGUAUAACUCCUCAUGUAACAGUCUUUAAAUAGGGAAAACAUGGAAGUGUUUGGUGGCUUCCCUGUUUGGUACCAUAGGAAUGAAUGGGUCUAGGCUAAAUGCUAACACAUUCACGACGCGCUGUACAGUGCACGCAUUGAAAAAAGAUAGAUAUGUAUUAAUUCGUCUAAGUUGAGGUAAUAACAUAGUUUAAUAUGGCAAAAGGGUAGACUACUCCUAAGUCGUUUUUACAAACAUACCUUACAAAAAACAAUACUGGUGUGCAGUAACAAUACGGUAUCUUAACAUAUAUCAUCCCAAGUUAUUUUUAAAUUAAGGCAUCUUAAACAUGCAUUUUAGUCCGGGAUUAGGAUAAGCCAUGUAUGGGAAACCAC